GGCCAGUGGGCAGCAUAUCAACAACGCUUUGGAGCGUUAUCAAUCAGCGCAAAGCUGCGACGGAGAUGCUGCUUCCAUCUGAUAGCCUACCUACUAGCCUACCACUCGGCAUCAGGAGCUCACAAUGCGUCUCUCGUCGAAUAGAAUUUGAUCUAUUGAAAGCACACACCAUUCCAGCAAUUCAGACCGUACGCACCCGCACAGUCGGCACUGUAAAAUUUCACGCCAGACCACACCAAAGCGCAGCCCCGCCAUAAAUCCAAUUCGUACUGUCCUUUCCCGCCUUUGCCCGGGGAAUCAGGCAAUCCCCACCGCUUAGUCAUCCCUGCCGCCCUCAGUCGAUAAACACCUCUGCCAAUCUAGACCAAGCCCAAAACGCUCCAAACACCAAAAACAAUCUCUCUCCUCUCUCUUCGCCAAAAGGCUCUCUCUCAAUCUUCUUCCUUCAGCCAUGCAGUCCGCCGCCCUGUUCCGCGCCGCCACCCGUGGCUCCUCCAUGGUCCGCGCCGCCGCUCGUCCCGCGCCCUUCGCCGUCCGCUCGGCUGUCGUCGCUGCUCGCCCUUUCAGCAUCUCUGCCUCCCGAAAGGCCGAGCACGCUGAGGAGACCUUUGAGGAGUUCACUGCCAGAUUCGAGAAGGAGUUUGAUGCUGUGCAGGACGUCUUCGAGCUCCAGCGUAACCUCAACAACGCCUUCGCCUACGAUCUCGUCCCUUCACCCUCCGUCGUUGCUGCUGCCCUCAAGGCUGCCCGAAGAGUCAACGACUUCGCUACCGCUGUCCGCAUCUUCGAAGGCAUCAAGGCCAAGGUCGAGAACAAGAACCAGUACCAGCAGUACCUGGACGAGCUCAAGCCCCUGCGAGAGGAGCUUGGCGUCGAGCUGAAGGAGGACCUUUACCCCGAGGAGAAAUAAAUUUCUUGCUUUCCGUUGAGGAUUAAGAGAAAGAAAAGAAAAUCUGUUCAGAGUAUUGUACAUGGUAUUAUUAUAUUUGGAGGGAAGAGAACAGCGAAGGUGCUAGAUGGUCAAUGGGAGGGGGGCUAGUGGCGGCAUCCCAAACCAAUGUGUCAUUAUAGUUGAAGUACGUAGUGUAUACUACUCCUACUGUUGGUUACAACGUCUAGUUGUCUCAACAAAUUUUAAAACAAAAUGAAGAAGAAAAAAAUUCAGAUGCC